AGUGUAAAAGGUGGGCGCACCGAAGAAGUUUAAACCUACCUAACAAUGGAACCCAAAGACCAAACUCCACUCGCCAUCGACUCCGUCGACUCGCCCGAGUUCACUCACUUCACUCGGUCUCUGAGUCGUUCGUCGGUGAUCGGACUCGACGCCGAAUGGAAGCCCCUUCGCUCUCACGAGUCCACUUUCCCAACCGUUUCGCUCCUCCAAAUCGCUUGCCGACUCAGCGUCGACGGCGAGUCAUCGGUUUUUCUACUCGACCUGUUAGCGAUUCCUCUACGCUCAAUCUACCCACUGUUAAGGGACGUGUUUGUCUCGCCUGGUAUUCUCAAAUUAGGGUUUCGAUUCAAGCAAGAUCUUGCUUACUUGUCUUCCACUUUCUGCUCUCAAGACUGCGAUCCUGGCUUCGAUCGGGUGGAACCCUUUUUGGACAUUACAAGCAUAUACAAUUAUCUUCAACACAAGCAACAAGGAAGAAAGAUACCGAAGCAAAACAAGAGCUUGGCAACAAUUUGUGAGGAAGUGUUGGGGAUUUCUCUCUCGAAGGAGCUUCAAUGUAGUGAUUGGUCACAUCGUCCUCUUACAGAAGAGCAAAAAGCAUAUGCAGCUGCAGAUGCACAUUGUUUGCUUGAAAUAUUCAAUGUCUUCCAGAUCAACGUUAUCAAAGAAGGGACUUCUUUUCACAAUGUUACUGAACUUGGUUUCUCUUAUAUGGAUCUUGGGUUGAAAGAGAUUCUUGAGAAGCCUAGUAAUUGUGAUAAAAUUGUGAGGACCAAAUUUUGUGAAGCUUCAGAGAUUGUCCGUGCUACUACUUGUGAAUUAUCUCAAAGGAUACCUACUGUAAGGAAAAAAGUAUCUACACUGUCAUAUAUGAAUACCAUUCCCUUGGAUGAUUCCCUCUUGUACAUCGUUAGGAAAUAUGGUGAUAAAAUUGUAUUAAAGGAAUCUGAUCGAAAACCUAAAACGUCCAAAAAGAAAGGGAAAAGAAAAUCCUCUGAGGUGUUGAUAUGCAAAGAAAGGCGGUUAGAAAGCAUUGAUGAUUGGCAAGGCCCGCCACCAUGGGAUCUGUCCUUGGGUGGUAAUGGAUUCCCGAAGUUUCUAUGUGAUGUGAUGGUAGAAGGCUUGGCAAAACAUUUACGGUGUGUUGGGAUAGAUGCUGCAGUCCCACAUUCUAAAAAACCUGAAACUAGGGACUUAAUAGAUCAAGCACACAGAGAGAAGAGGGUGCUUUUGACACGAGAUGCGAAGCUUUUAAGACAUGAAUAUCUAAUAAAAAAUCAAAUAUACAGAGUGAAGAAUCUUCUGAAAAAUGAACAGCUGCUUGAGGUAAUUGAAACUUUCCAAUUGAAAGUUAGUGAGGAUCAACUAAUGUCAAGGUGCACCAAAUGCAAUGGUAAGUUUAUUCAAAAACCACUAUCAACGGAGGAGGCUGUUGAAGCUGCAAAGGGAUUCCAAGUGAUUCCCAACUGCUUGUUUGACAAGAAUUUACAGUUUUGGCAGUGCAUGGACUGCAACCAACUUUACUGGGAGGGAACCCAAUACCACAAUGCAGUACAGAAGUUCAUCGAUGUUUGCAAGCUAAAUGAGUAACUUGAAUGCCAUAGUCAUUGUCGGUAUUGGUAAUGGAGAAUUGUAACAGUUACAUUGAGUGAUUUUAUUUCAAAUAUUGUAAUUAUGUUGUAUUUGCUCCUGUUGAAGAAAUGUACAAUGUCAUCACUUUCUGUUCCUGCAAUAAAUAUUCAGUCGAGUUUUGGUUCA